AUGAUAGCAGACCUCGACUACAUAGACAGCGCGCAAUGGAACACCACACGAACAGAAUACACCAUAGAAAACACAAAAGAAAACACCACUUGUGGUACCUGUGAUAAUUGCAAUAGUACUUGUGAUUAUGACGUAGUUGAAGUCGGGGUGGUUAGUGUGUUAUGUCUGUUGAUAGUGGUGACUGUGAUUGGUAAUACUCUGAUCAUAUCAGCGGUGGUGACCACGAAGAGGCUGAGGACGGUGACCAACUGCUUCGUCACCAGUUUGGCAGUUGCUGAUUUGCUGGUUGGGAUAUUCGUGAUGCCACCGGCGAUCGCUGUACAUAUUAAUGGCACGUGGGAGCUGGGCUGGGUGCUGUGCGACAUCUGGAUCAGCCUGGACAUCCUGCUGUGCACCGCCUCCAUCCUGUCCCUGUGCGCCAUCAGCGUCGACAGGUACCUAGCAGUAACACGUCCCCUGACGUACUCCAGAAGAAGAAGAUCCAAGAAGUUGGCACUGACGAUGAUCUUCUGUGUGUGGGUGUCCGCUAGUGCCAUCACGUGCCCGCCUAUGUUUGGAUGGUACGAGCCCGACCACAACCAGGGUGGAGUCUGCCGGUACAACCAGAACGCCGGCUACGUGGUGUUCAGCGCAAUGGGAUCGUUCUUCCUACCCAUGGCGGUGAUGGUGUACGUGUAUGCGCGGAUCUCGUGCGUCGUGGCCAGGAGACACCAGCAGUUGGCGACGACGGCGCCGAAGUCUAAGAAGCAACACUUCUCCUGCAUACGGACAGAAUCCGACUCAGGAUCUGACAAACUCUCUCUCCGGCAGAACGUGUCAAAACAGACCUCCAAAAACUCCACCCAGCCUAGCGAAUUUUCGACGCAGAGCCAGAAAUGCCCCUGCUGCUUUAAAACCGAUAGAAAGAGAUGCAAAUAUCAGAAAGAGCGAUACGAUAUCACCUUCAAAGCGAACUACCGAUAUAAGAACCAGAGGAAUAGAUCUGUGAAAGAACCAAUGGAGAAUCGCGUAUCCUCCCUCCGAAGGGAGACCAAAACCGCUCAAACCCUAAGUUUUGUGGUAGGAGGUUUUAUCGCCUGUUGGUUGCCAUUCUUUUUAUAUUAUUUACUAACGCCUUUCAUACCUAAUGACUACGUCAACCCGGUGUUAAUGUAUGUGUUGACGUGGCUGGGUUGGUUUAAUUCUGCCAUCAACCCUUUUAUAUACGCGUUCUAUUCACCGGAUUUCAGGAUGGCGUUUUGGAGGUUGACCAUAAAGAAAUGUAAAAGAGAUAAGCAUUGACGUGGGUACUU